UAUGUUUGGUUAUGGAGUUAAUUUGUGAAUGGCCACUGGUGAUUUCUCUUUCACAUUUUGGCAUUUGAAUAAAAGAUAUCUACAAGAUAAGAUAAAAAUAAAAUAAACAAAUGAAAGUUUAACCUGUUCAUACACAUUUGAACCUAACCAAAUAUGGGUAUUAGAUUUCUCUCCUUAUCCUCUCUGUCAUGGUAAUUAUCAUCCCAUAAUUCCAGGAAUAACAGUUUACUUUAUUUAACGCAUUAUUGUGUGUGUGGGGAGGGGGAAAUCAUGAGUUAUGCGCCUGUUUUAUGCUCAUCUGACUCGGACAGACAGCAUUCCCAGCAGAAAAUCACUGUAAAAUCACUGAAACAACAAAAUAUGGGCUUUCAAUGUGGUCCUUAAUAGGUGUAGUAUACUCUUAGGGCUUUUUAUAUAUUUAUAAGUUUUACUAUGUAAUAUUACACUUUUUAUUAAGCCACCAUUGAACACCACAAAUAGGCCUAUUGCAAAUCCCAUUAGGCCUAUAGAAAUGUUUUGAUGAAUUUUCGUCAGAGUAAUACUUUCUUUCUGGAAGCAGCUUGGCUGCAAUCUUGGGAUGUGUACUAUUGGGCUAAUUGCCCCCCUUGUAGAGUAAGCUUCACCCUGAGGUUAAGCGGCAUGUGACUGGCUCAACAAAGAGGAGGGGGGCCCUGUAGAAAACCUUGAAGAAUUUGAGCCUGAGACAGCAUCUUUCCUUGUGUAUUUCUUUCAUUUCUUGCUUCUUUGCCGUCUUUAAGGUAAAAACUUACUGCAAUGUGGACAUUGAUAAUCGUCAGUUUCAUGCUGCGUUUCGUACCCUGCUAUCAGCAAUUCCCUCGUCUGUGUGCCACCCGGGAAGCCUUGCUCACCAAAGAGUGCUGCCCGACUUGGGAAGGGGAUGGCUCGCCCUGCGGAGCCAGCUCCGGCCGGGGCUUCUGCCAGGAUGUGGAGGUGCCGGACCUUCCUGACGGGCCGCAGUACCCCUUCUCUGGGUUGGACGACAGGGAGAAGUGGCCCAUGGUUUUUUACAACCGGACGUGCCAGUGCGUAGGGAACUUCAUGGGUUUCAACUGUGCGGACUGUAAGUUUGGCUACUUUGGGGUGAACUGCAAUGAGAGAAGAGAGUCUCUCAGGAGAAACAUAUUUCACCUGUCAAGGUCCGAGAGGAUCAGACUUGUGUCUUACCUGAACUUGGCCAAGCAGACAGUCAGCCCGGACUAUGUUGUGGCUACGGGGACUUACCAGGAGAUGGAGAACGGCUCCAACCCGAUGUUCGCAGACGUGUCUGUGUAUGAUGUGUUUGUGUGGAUACAUUAUUAUGUGUCCCGGAACGCGCUGUUAGGCGGGCCGGGGAAUGUGUGGACCGAUGUAGACUUUGCCCACUGGGCCCCUGCGUUUCUCCCGUGGCACCGCCUAUACCUGCUGCACUGGGAGCACGAGAUUAGGAAGCUGACCAGAGAUAUGAGUUUCACCAUCCCGUACUGGGACUGGAGGGAUGCCCAGGGCUGUGACGUGUGCACAGACGAACUGAUGGGGGCCCGGAGCCCACAAGACCCCAGUCUUCUCAGUCCAGGCUCGGUCUUCUCUUCUUGGAGGGUUCUGUGCUCCCAAGCAGAGGCCUAUAAUAACAGAGGUGUCCUAUGCGAUGCCAGGGGAGAAGGCCCGCUCCGACGUAACCCUGGAAACCACAAUCGCAACUUGGUUGAACGAAUACCAACUUCUGCAGAGGUGGAGUUCACUCUCAGCCUGACCAACUAUGACACCGGAGCCAUGGACCGAAGUGCCAACAUGAGCUUCAGGAACACUCUGGAAGGAUUUGGGGAUCCUCAGACUGGGUUAGGAAGCAGUUCUCGUUUGGGCAUGCAUGCUGCUCUCCAUGUGUUCAUGAAUGGAUCCAUGUCAUCAGUGCAGGGUUCUGCAAAUGACCCCAUAUUCCUUCUCCAUCAUGCUUUUGUUGACAGCAUCUAUGAGCAGUGGCUCAGAAGACACAGACCAUCUCCAUCCCAAUACCCAGAGUCUAAUGCUCCUAUAGGGCACAACAGCGAAUACCACAUGGUUCCCUUCCUGCCCCUCCACAGAAACAGAGAAUACUUCAUAUCCAGCAAAGACCUGGGAUAUGAAUACUCCUAUCUGCUAGAUGCUAAUCAGAGGCUAGCAGAAUCCGUGCGUCCCUACCUGGAGGAGCUGCAGAUUGUGUGGCCCUGGCUGCUGCUUGCAGGGCUCUGCGGAGGAAUUGUAGCAAUGGCCAUAGCUGCUGUGGUCAUAACUGCAAAACGGCGAUACCGUGGGUCACCUUGGCUGCAUGUGGGGAGUUGGAAAAAUGUGUUUGCUCUCCCAGAAAGACAGCCACUUAUCUUGAGCUGUGACACAGGGGAAACCAAGCACCGUAACUACCAAACAACUAUGUGAUGGUGCAGCAAAUCUCAUAUGUAUCUACAAACAGCACUGUGAAUUUUACAUUAUAUUGACUUAUUGUAAUCAGUCUGUAUAAUCUUUGUUUAAUACCAAUGUAUUUAAAUGGUAUUAACAAAGGACAUUUUGAAAGAGACUGUUCACCCACAACUUGUAACAUGUAAAAUCCUACACAUUAGUUCAUUUCAGACAUGAAUCAUUUUAUAAGAUUAACAUGGUUUUAAGAGGCUGAUUACACACUACCAUCCUGCAGUUGUUGCAUCAGUCAGACAUUCAUUAUGAAGAAAUGAUAACUUACAUGCAUAACUGCUUUUCAGAGUGAGAAAAACAAACCUUUGAAAUACAUUCACGGUAGCCUUGAGGGACUUUCUUUUAUUAUCUUCACGUGGGAGUUGACUGAAGCACAUUUUGAUUAACAUUUAAAUUGAUUUAUGUUUGUGGUGUGAAACGUACUUUUGGAAAAAGAAAAUAAUGAUAACGUCUGCAUAGAUGCAAAGGUCUGAGACAUCUCCACAGCGUAAGGGCACAGUUCAAUAUUCUAACCUUAGAGUUAUGUAAUAGUUUAAAAACUUUUUGACAUUUGUAAAAGUCACUGCAAUCCCAAAAGUUGCAUGUGGUUCACUCUUUACUUUAAAAGUCACAUCUACUUUAGUUCAUAAGAAAUGAGGUCCCAACGGUUGGAAGAUUCUGGUGUU